AUGGAUCACAAGCGGCCGAUUGCUCUCAGCUACACCCCGCCUCAGCCUGCCGGAUCAACUGGCCCACCACCGGCCUAUACCCUCGAACGCUCGCCCUCGCUUUCAUCCUCAGAAUCAUCGAAGUCUUCAGUACCCACACAUCCGCAACCCCAGACCACACCCCUCCCUCCGCCACCGGUGACAGAGGCGACUUCCGUACCGACCACAAGCAAAGUCUACAUCUCUAGAAGACGCGAUGCGAUCUCCGAUACUUUCAUCUUGGACCCCGCCGCGCCAGAGAUAUUCUACCCCGACCGCGAACCGCGGCUACCCAAGGUCGCGAAGCGGGCGCUGAAGAAGAGAGCUACACCUACUGUUGCUCUCGCUUCCCGCCGCGAGAACAUCAUUGUUCGUCUGCUCAUACGGGGCUCCACACCUCUUUCAGGCCGCUCGAUUGAUGCCGAGUCGACGCUCAUAUGCGCUGACGCGCGGCGAGGGAACAUAUACCUCGACAUUGCGGAGAAGAGACCCGCUAUCCCACUCUCAGUCUACACCUCCUCCCGACGUGGCUCCACAACCGUUAUCCUUCCUUUGAACUUCAACGGUACCGUCGAGCUUACGACUAAACACGGCCGGACGGACAUCCUUCGCGGUCUCGCCGCUCGCGCACGUGUCGUACGUGAGCGAGGCGAGAAAGAGCUACACCUAGCUAUUGGCGACCCUGCUGGAAGGGACUUUGCGCGGUUGGACUCGCGCGAUGGUAUCAUCCGCCUCGGGUUGUCUGGGUUAGACGAUGCUUCGGCGUAA